AUGUUCCCGAUCGUUAAGAGAGAGUCCAUAUCAGCAUUGAAGUACUCAAGGAUACAAUGUAUUUCCCGUACCAGCUUUACCUACUUGGCUUCCUCCAAUGUCACCACGCGCAAUCUUUCAUUCAAGAUCCCCAAUGUAUUCAAGGCAGUUCAACAAGCAAACAAAAUCGAUGAAAGAUUUGAAGAAUUGGGCAAAUCUCCCACAAAGGACAAAGUGCAGCAAGUGAUUGAUGCAGUUAAGGAUACUCCUGAACUACUAUUCCAGUUGAAUUUUUUCUUUUAUGAAUGUGGAAAAUUGGGAAUAACUCAUGACAAUGUUGAUAAACGUAAACGUCGUUGGAAUUACUGGCCCAAUGUGAUAUUGAAGCUAGCUCCUUUGAACUCGGCUUUUUGGGACACAUGUUACCUGUUGGAUAAAGCGCAGCAUAAGCAUUCAUUAACACCAUUCAAAUUGAACGAUAUUGGGUUAUUAGAUCCAAAAAAUUUCCCUCAGGAUUUUAUUAAGCAAUUGGCUACGGGUAAGUAUAAUGGCAUAGAUUUUAGAAACGUGAUAAUCUUUGCCUUUUCUAGACCGAAAUUUACUACGACUCCAGCAGAAGACGAGGAGAAAGGCACGAAGUAA